AUGUCUUCCCAUCGCGACACUAGAGGAAAAGAAAAGUUGCACCAUCAAAGGUCAACGAAUACAUCAAGUAUUCUGCCACUGUUGAGAGGAGCGACAGCACCAGCACCACCAGCAGCAGCAGCACCACCACCACCCGCAGUUGAUCAAGAUGCCUCUAGUUCAGAUCAACACGCAUCAAUUGACUAUCAAGGGUUAGCUGCUGAAUCUGCAGCUGCCACUGCCUCUGCCGCAAUGGCUGCGUUAGGACAACGUCCAAGACAAACACGCCAACCUCAAAACCAACGUAUUCAGCACGAACAACAUCUUCAGCUUCAACAACAACAACAACAACAACAACAGCAACAACAGCAACAGCAACAGCAGCAACAGCAGCAACUGCAGUACUCACAAGCUCUGAGCCAACCUCAAGUGGAUAUAUCUACCCCUACAACUGACGCAGAAUCAGCUUCAGAGUUGGACACUUCUACCGUGUCACAAGCUCUAGCUCACAUCAACAACAUAAAGAAUCCUCAUAGAAUUAAGUUGUCCACUCAGGAUGUGAAAUUAAUCUUGUAUUUAAUUGUCGAAAUUAAACCUUUUAAAUAUGUUGGUAAUCGUGCAUUGAGUCAAACCAAAAAAUGGGAAAUUAUACAAAACAAAUACUAUGAUUUAAAGUUUAGAGAACAUAAUGAUACCAAUUUCAUUAUUCCCACUGUUCGUACUUUACAACGUCAACUUGCUGGUGCCGUUAAAAAGGCCCAAAAACAAAGAAGUAAAGAAAAAGCUAGUGGCAAUUUAAGAACAACACAUACAAUCCCACAAACUUUACCAGAGAUUGAUGCUGAUGACUAUUACAACUUUAGAAAUAUUUCCCCCAAUAGUCCACAAGAAGAAUUGGAAAGUGCCUUGUUGGAUUUACACGAGUUGAGUGAUAAGAUAAAGGAAUUGAAAUCACAAAGUAAUAAUCUUGUCAAGGUUAGUUAUCAACCACGUACCAAGUCAUCAACUACAGGAGGAGGAAGUGGAGGAUUUGAUGCUGUGGUUGAUGCUGCUUUGGAUGAGGAAAAUAGACUCUCGAAGAGAGGAUCUACUGGAGAACUAGCUAUUGGAAAUUAUGCUAGAGAUGCAGCUACUUCUCAUUUAGAGGAGGUUUCGGCAGCUUUAAGUCAGCGUAUUUUCAAUCUAAAACAAGAACUUGAAAAUGAUGCGUCAAUUCCAUCGAAUCAGAAACAAACUUUUGACUUAUUGGAAUCAGUGUUUCAACAUACUAAUGAGAUGAGCUUAACGGUUGCUCGUGAAAAUGAAGCUUUGAAUAGACAAAUUAAUAAGUUGGUUACUAAUCACUUGCAAAAGAUUCAACGCGUUAGAUUAGAUUUCAAUGCUCAACAAUUGGAAUUGGUUGACAAGAUUACUGAUACGUUUAAAGAGGAUUUUAAACAUGCUGGAAGUUCAAAGACUAUUUUGGAAAAACUUGAUUCAAUAAAGGAAUUACUCAAUUAG